AGUUAUACUAGCCUGACACAAAUAGAGGUUACAAAGGGUGAUCAAAUUACUUUGACAUCAUCUGUAUGCUCUUAGAGAUUAUAAAAUCUCCAAGGCCCUGCUGCUUUGUGAAAGAUUACCCUGUGUAACAGAAAUGGUAACAAAGGAAUCUUACUUACAUGUUUUCAUCCUGUUCUGAGAAACCCCAUCUAUGAUUCUUUACAUCAUGGCUCUACAUUGGCCCACAGUACAUACUGUGCUUUGGACUAUUCUGUAUUUGUUCACAAAAAACAUCAGAGCGUCACCAUGUGCUGAGGUAAACAGUUCGUCAACAGUGGUUCCUUUUGGCUCAGCAGUCACCGCUUCCUGUUACAUCAAAGAAGAGUGUUCACUCACAAAAACCCAGGAUUUUCUCAUUAAGUGGAAGAAAAAUGCUAACUUUAUACCCAGUCGUAAACGCAGUCAGAAUGUAUAUGAAAUCCUCAUCUCUAACUUCACUGACAUGCAAGCUGUGCUGGAAUGUUGUAUCUGCUUAUCUGAUCACUGCCAGGUGGUAGAUGCCGUGGAGAUCAGAACAGCAUAUCCUCCACCUGUCCCACAGAACCUGACUUGCCUAUUAAAGCUUAAUGAACCUGCUACUCUGCUGUGUACAUGGGAACCUGGUCAAAAAACUUCAGUCAUUCCAACAAACUACACUCUGUACACAGAAAUCAGAGAUACAUCGAGUCCAUUACAAAGGUUCACCUAUGUUCCACCACCUGAGGAGCAUUUCUACAAUGUUCCACGUGGCGGCUUCAUUUUGUUUCAUGAAAUGCAAGUUUAUGUGGUAGCAAUGAAUGCCCUUGGCCAGGCUACAUCUAACCUCCUAGUGGUGGAUCCUAUGAAAACAGCUAAGCUGGAUGCUCCAGUAAUUCAAGGAAUUGGAACACAAACAUUUGGAUGCCUUGAAUACAAAUGGAGUCUCUCACAUACUCAGAAUUGGAUAAAAAAGGCCUUGUAUAUAGAGAUCAGAUUUAAACCUGUGAAUAGCAAGAUUUUCCAAAAAGAGCAGUUGAUUCAUAAACCUGAUCGCAAAUGUAAGGUGUGUGGUCUGCUUCAUGGCAUGAGCUACGAAUUACAGAUGAGGGUAAGGUAUCAGAGCAGCAACCCAUGGAGCGAGUGGAGUAAUGCUACAGUGGCUACUACACCCAUGAAAGCUCCCACUGGUCGGCUACACACAUGGCUGAAGCCACAGAAGACAGAAAGCAGGAGUCAGACAGUAGACCUCUUCUGGAAGCCAUCUUUCCAGUUCCGUGCCAACAGCAUGAAUGUGCUUUACACCGUAUCACUAAUGGGAGAAUUCACAAAGAAGGAAGAAACUGUAUGUGUCACAGAUCAGCAACACUGUUCUUUCCAGAUGAAUGCAAAGGUCAGGAAGGUCGUCCUAACUGCCAUGAAUGAAGUAGGGAAAUCCCCCCCUAGUGAAAUGCGAGUGUGCAUACGAACAGGAAUGGCUCCUGUCCGUUUUCUGAUAAUAUAUCCACAAUCUGAAGAUUCAUUGCUGGCCAAAUGGAAAAGCCCAGAUACAUCAGUGAUUAGAGCUUAUGUGGUGGAGUGGAAACCAUGGGGAAUGACUCUAGAUCAUGUCUCUUUUGAUAUUGUGGACAGAAAUCAGACCAGCUUUUUAAUAUCAAGUCUUGAACCUUACAUGCCUUAUGAAAUUUCAGUGUAUCCAAAGUAUGAAUGUGGUGUUGGUCAGCCCUCCAGCACUGUGGCAUACACAAAACAAAAAGCCCCCUCCAUAUCUCCAGAAUUGGAGAUUGGAAAGAUCAUGCCUUCUUUUGUUGAACUUUUCUGGAAUGAAAUCCCAUUGCCCCAGAGGAAUGGAAUCAUUACUGGCUAUAGGAUUUUCUACAGUGAUGAGAAAAACAAUACAGGAGUUAUAGACACUGAAAGGACAAACAGACAAGUAGUGCUUAAAGAUCUCUAUCCUUUAACCAACUACAAACUCUUCCUCAUGACUAGCACACAUGGUGGCAGUGUGAAUGGGUCCAUUGUCACAGUGAAAACUGCAUCUAUUGAUGCCUUUGAGAUAGUUCUGAUUGUCAUUCCAGCAUGUGUUGGAUUAGCACUUUUCUUCUUUGGUGUGUUUACCUGUUUUAUCAAACAAAAAUGGAUGAAGAAGUAUGUGUGGCCAGUGAUUCCAGACCCCGCCAACAGCAAUAUUAAAAAGUGGACAAUAGCUGAUUCUCUGGAAUGCAUGCCACGCUUCAAAGAGGACAAGGACCCUGUGCUGGUGUAUCUCUCUCAUGUUAGUCUUCUGAGUCUGCCUGAGAAAGAGUUGUCAAAAGGAGACGAGAACGUCAAGAACAGCAAUUGGCCAUAUAAUGGCAAAAGUGUUGAUGCAGGCCAUGAUGAUGCAUCCCAUGAUUCUGAAUCCUUUGACUCAGAGCAACAGAAUGAGUCUGUGCCUUAUGCUACAGUUGUCUUUGCUGGGCCAUAUCGACACCAGCCUGUGCCUCCACCAGUUUACUUGCGCUCAGAGUCCACACAACCCCUACUGGGGGAGGAAGAACCUUCUAGUCCUCGUCCAUAUGAAAAAAUGACCACCCAGGUCAAUCUUCCUGAUGUGGACCACUUUUCAACAUUUCAUAAGAUAUUAGGUGCUGAAGAAGAAAAAGCUUCACUUUGGGUGGAUUUUCCUAUGCUCAGGUCUUUGGAAGCGAACAGUAAGACUUAAAUGCAAUCUGUACAUUCAUACACAGCCAGAAAAUGGUGUGGUUAUGAAACUGGUUACAUUUUUCCUCAGUUUGGAGCUAAGGUGGAAUACAAUGACUAUGUUGUAAUCUUUUUGUAACAGAGACAUACAUAGUCAUAUAUUGCAGCAGUCUGUGACAUUGUGGUCCUAUUCCUUAGCACUUAAUAAUAUGAGGGAACCAGUAGGGUGUAAAAGAAAAACUAUUAACAUUCACCACCAUAUUAUUCACAUGGUAAUGUCUGUUAGUAAUAGAUACAUGAGUAAAGUGCUAAGUAAGAUUUGGUUAGGUAGCCAAAUUGCAGCAAAAGACUAUCUCUAUCACCAUUAAAAUAUUGUCACUUUUGUACAUGACUAACAUGAUUGGCUAAGUCAUUCAAUCUGUCCAUGUACUGACCUAUAAAAUGUGAUUUAAUGAUUUAAUAAUCCAAAUUAAUUUUGACUGAAGAAUAAAUUAGUCUUCCCACUGUGGCAUGCUGAGAAAUGGAAGCAUAAUUUAAACUAGGCAUUUCAUGAUUUAGGCAUUAUACUUGAUUGAGUUUGUGGGUACUCUGUGCCUCCUUUUUUUUGUGCAGCAUUGUUUUGUCACACUUUAUAUUCUAAGACUCCACUAAAAUAUCAAAUUCAGCCAAUCUUGACAGUCAGUGGUGCCAAAUGGAUAGUGAGGUAGAAUGGCAACAUGUAGGAGACAAUGUGAUAGGAUGUAAAAUAAUACUGCACAUUUUUCUUAAUAUUUUUAAUACUUGACAUUGAAAAAAUUAUAAUUUGUGAAAGAAAUAACUAUUCACAGAAUGCAUUAUAGUGUCUUAUAAAUGUGGUUUUAUAUGUUCUAUCUCAAAGAACUACAAGUAACAACACUUUUUUCCAGCUGCGACAGCUGUGAACAGUUGGCUCUGAAAAUAUUUACCUGCUUGUCCUUCUAGGUCUUAUUGUAGUCUUUGACUCAGUACAGUACACUUGCUUUUACUCCUUUGGCUGAUGCGCUUUCUUCAAAGCAACUUACAAUUGAGACAGGAUACAAAUUAUGCACUUAGGGGUUAAGGGCUUUGCUGAAGGACCCAACAGUGGCAGCGUGGAUGAACCAGAAUUUGAAAUCAUAAAUCAAACAGUUUCCCAAAGUCUUAACCACUGAGACACCACCACAGCCAGACAACAAUGGACCAUGAUAUUAUGUGACAUAGGUUUGAAAAAUGUAGUGUAUGUGAUUGAUUAUCAGUUACUCAAUGUAAAUAAUUUUUUUAACUAUUUUCUACAACUUUAUAUUUUGUAUAAAGUUAACAUAUGGUGCUAAUCAAGGCUCUGUACUAGGGCCUUUUCUGAUUUCAGUCUAUUUCUGAUUUCAUCUGCUAUUAUGGAAUAAAUAUCCAUUGUUGUGCUAAUGAUAUACAAUUACUGUAUGUUGUUGUUUUUUUUUCUGUUAAGCCAGAUGAAUGUGUAAAAGAUAUUGGAGUCAUUGUUUUGUUUGUUUUUGUUUUUGUUUUACUCAUGAUAUUCAUUUUCUUAGAAUUAAUGCUAAGACUAAUACUUCCUGUUAGCAUAAAUGGUUUAUCACUCUAAUAUGUAAGUGUGACAUAAUACUUCCUGUUUAUUAAAUUCUUAGGAUGCAUAUCUGUUUUUUGUCAAUUAGAGUAAAAAUGGUCAUGGGGGAGUGGGGAAUCAAUAUUUGAGAUUCAGAUACUGUAAGUCAGUGGAUGUCCAAAGGCCAAAUGGGGCCUGCAGGCAGAUGUUAACUGGUCCACGGCUUCUACUGAUUCAUAUUAUGUAAAACUACCUUGUGAGACUUAUCUAGUACAAAGGCUAGAUAAAUAAAGUUGAGUUGAGUUCAGACUGGUUAAACUUAUCUUGCUCUAGACUUGGA